AAUUCACAUAGUGUUAAAACAAAUGCCAAGUUUUGACAAAUCACUCGUGGUAGACGUGUCCCAGGACUACCUCGAUGAAUUUACUUGCGGCAUAUGUCUCGACCUCUAUCGGGAACCGUUGGUCACCCUAUGCUGUAGACAUACAUACUGUACUGAUUGCGUGCACCGGUGGCUAAGGGAGCGCAACACGUGUCCCAACGACAGGCGCCCACUGAAUGUGGCCACUCUAGUGCCGGCGCCCAGGUUUGUCAUGAACCUGAUCGAUAACAUGAGGGUAAAGUGUGGUUACCAUAACAACGGUUGUCAAGAGGUGUUGAAAAGGUGUCAAUUGGCCGGACAUAUGGCCGACUGUCCCCAUAAUAUGCGGUGCAAAACGUGUGGCUUUUAUAUGACAACCGCUGAAACACACGAUUGCUGUCAACACCUGUUGAGUGAUAGGGAAAGACUAAAUGCCGAGAAUUCGCGGUUAAGGGAUAUGUGCGAGAAAUCUUCAAUGGCAGGCGUGAUAGAGAGGGCCCGGAAUCGUCUGAACAACUAUCACAUGGAGAGCAAGUUUACCGACAUGUGCGACAAUCGGCGCCGACUGGCCAUAACUGUAUCCAUUGAUGCCAUACUCCGAACAGACAGUUACGAGUCAAUGGCCACACAUAUAACUCACGCCUUUAACGGGACCGAGGCUUAUAACUGGGAACAGACGGUCCGUUGGCAUUGUGUAGUUUACGGCCGGAGUGGCGGCUAUUCGGCGAUAGUGUCGGCCGACCAAUAUUUCCGGGUGUCGUUCGGCGAACUC